AUAUUUAAAAUGGCGUCAUCCAUUGUAUCUGUUGUGAGGCGUGUUUCUUUAAUGAGAAACCCACAGAGUUUAUAUCACUUUCAGUUUGAAAUAGUCAAUUCACGAAGUUUCAAACGAUGGGUAGCGCCUACCCUGAAGAUCAUGAAACACAGGAGGAAGAAAGCUGGUCCAGAGCCUCUCAGGCAUCGUUCUGUUUGGCUGAAUUGGAAUUAUACAGCUGAACUCUAUGCCUUUGGUCGUCGACUGAAUGAAACUUUUCGCGAUGAAACUCUGAGAACAGCUCUCAUACACCCUUCUUAUCUUGAGCAAGAAGAAAAGCAACGACAAGAUUUGGGAGUUCCGUCGCAAGCUGUUUCGUUGAAACUUGAACAUAAUAGUGGUUUAGUGGCCUCAGGAGAGAGCUUAAUGAAUACAUACAUUAAACAGUAUAUAAGACAGGCGUUCCCUAAAGUACCAGAGGAGGGAAUAUGUGAAAUUUGGGAAUAUCUUGUUUCAGUAGAUGUUCUCUCACAUGUAGCAACACAUAUUGGACUUUCAGACAUUAUUUUGUGUGCAGAUUUUCCCCCAGAAAAGAUAACAUUAGCCAAAUCACUGAAAGCUAUUAUUGGAGCUUUAGAAUUUGACCAAAGCAAAGAAAGAGCUGAGUAUUUUAUUCAAGAUUUUGUAAUCACUCAACUGUCUGAUAAAUGUAUUUUCGAUUUAUGGGAUAUUCCAAACCCCAUGGCAGUCCUUCAGAAUAUUUUGGAAAAAGAAGGUAAAGAUCCUGCAGAACCAAGGUUGUUAUGGCAAGCUGGAUCAAAUACUAUUUUGGCACUUUAUUAUGUUGGCAUUUAUAGUAACAGAAAAUUUCUUGGUAAAGCCCCAGGAGAAACUCUAGCAAUUGCUGAAGAGAUGGCAGCACGAGAUGCAUUAAGUCGAAUUUUUGGGUUAACAGAAAACCAUAAACCCUUACCAUUUGGUAAGCAAGGCCGUCAGCUUAUAAUUAAUAAUAAUGAAAAUAAUUCUAGUUUAAGUAACUGGAUGCUUUCAAAAAGUAUUUAA